UUUUCAACGAACAUAAAAUAGGAGGAAACAUGAAAGAAAUGAGAUCACGCACACAAUUUAGCAGAUAACUAUAAAAAAAACUGCUUAAGAAAUUUUGUCGACGUUGAAAAAGUGUCAUUACGUCAAUGAUAGAUGAAGCCUUGAAAAGUGUGAGAAUCGAAUUUCUGCGCUUUGAGGCGCCCGCGCACCCCAGACCACCAGUUCGCCACUGCGUAGAAUUUAGCGAUGCGGCGGCAGCAGCGCGGAGAGAAAGAGAAAUGAAGAGAGAAAGAGAGAGAGAGAGAGGGAGAGAGAGUGAGUGAGUGAGUGAGAAAGCGAGCGUGUAGUGCCAGCCGGCCGGCAAGGGAGGAACGAUGUUGCGGACUAUCGACCCGGUCUUCGCUCCGGCUUGACGCCUGCGCCUGUCAUCGGCAAUCCCUCCUACCGUCCCGCGAGCCGUCUUGCCGGCGUCGCGGCGCUCUACGCAACGUCGGUGUGGCGACGGUGGGACCAGCAGUGCCUCUCACGAUUCCGUUCUCGUUCUGCCCUCCGUCUCGUGAACGCCGUUCGUACGUGUCCGGUCCGGGGUGUCACCUAGGUGCCAACACGCGCGCACACGUACACCGCAGGGAGCAAUUCGGAGCCCGUGCCUGAGCCCGAGCGCCACUUACAAACACUGCCUUGAAGGCUGAGAAGAAAGAGGUAGUGUUGUGAUAGUGAGAGAGGUGGACGAGAACGAGGAUUCGUAUAGUGGUGUAUCUCCCGUGAUUGACGCCGAGAAAAACUACGUCCUUCUUCUCGGCAGAACAUCUGCGUUCUGGUCUACCGACGGCGUUGUCCGUCGUCAUCGUCGCGGAGAAACGGCCGGCCUCCGUUCGUCGCUCGCUAACGCAGCGGCUGUGUGUCAUUAUUACUGUCCCACUGCCUCACACACCGCGGCCUCAUGAUUGGUUCAUUUUGGAACCUCUGCCGUGCGUGCCCUUCAAUGCCGAUUGAUAAGCAGCUUCAUUCGGAAUACAGGAGCACGUACACAUGGCACGAGUACACAGGACCGCAUCAGGAGCAUACAGUUGUGCGACGCGCGCCGCAGCCGCCACCAUCGACGAAGCAACCAAGCGCGAAGCUACAAUCGGCCAAGUCAACAGAGGAUGAGAACAGCGAAGGACCCACCUUGGAACCACCAUUGCCCAGGCGAAAGAAAUGUCCGGAGCUUGCUUACAGGACGCACGAAUUUAUCACGGCAGCGGAUGGCGGUGGUAUCGACGCCAUCGACUCGAAUGUCGUAGCUGAUAAAGUACGGGAAGUUACAGCAACGUCGGCACUGCCACCAAGUCAGCUUAGCAAGGCGAUAUCUCGUAUCAGUACUGAGUACCGGCUGCAGUUUGCCUGGCCUAGAAGACCGCAGUUGACAAAUGGCGAAACUCAGGCGCCGGUUCCAGCUGCGGGGGUUCCCGGAGGUACUACAGGUCCACCGAGGAAGUCGCUCAGCAUGGGUGCGCUUAAACAGGGCAUGGUGCCUUCUGGACCCGCGCCGGUACACAAGAAACGACCCGGCGACUUUGAUCACAAGCGCGAUGGGGUCCAAGCAUCAGAACUGGAGCCAUUGGUGGGUGGCACUGGAACGGACAUGAUCGACGGUGUGGUACCAGAAGGCGAUGAACGCGAAGAGGAUCUGUCGGAUUUGAAAGUAGCUUUCAGGUCGGUCACCAAAGAGGAGAAAGAAAAGGAGAACACGAGGAAGGUCGCACCGAUCACUAUUAUGCCACCAGCGGGUCGACCAUCCUCGGUACAAGCUAGACCAAUCCACGGCAUAAUACAAGACGACACUAAGACAGAUACUGAUCGAGCCAUUGCUCGCGCAAGAAAGGAUUUCUUGAUUCGCCACCAUCUUGAUCGUACAACUGGUGUGGGUGACGGUGCACUGCUUCCCUCUCCAACGAGAGAGAAACUGGAGCCCGUGAUACCACGGCGACGUGAUGAUGUUAAGGAGCAUCGGGACGAGAUUCAACCACGAACCAAGUCCAGUCCGAAAAAUAGUCCGAGAACCGGACGCUCGCAGAGCCUCGGACCGACCGUCACCGAUCGCAGAUCGCCUAAACGUCAGCCUCCCCGCGCACCGUCUGUUACCAAGGAUGCUAAGGAAAAAGAAAAAGAGAUGAAAGACAAGGAUAAGGAGCACAAGGAGAAGAGUGGCGAGCCCGAAAGACAUCCACGACCGACCUUCCUCGCGACCACCGCCCCUCCCCAUCGCCCUCUUCAUCACGCCAAACCCACAACCACUACCAACACCACCAACAUCACUGUCACUACCGCUAAUAAUAUUAGCGCAAGUACCGCCCCGGUAAAACGUUCCCCGGUAAAGUAUUCGGUUCAUAUGACCGUCCAUCACCCACCUACGUCGGGCGCUGCCGCUGCGGCCAAGCCGGAGCGCGGCGUUAAAGAUUUAAGCCAAAGGUGCCGUGGUGCGAAUGACGAAGCUCAGGCAAAACUGGCCCGCGGGCAUCCAGCAGCUGCGGCUGCAGCCGCCGGCGAUGAUCCAUCAUCCAAAUCAUCCCUCGAUACGCGAUCCGCGUCAAAUCGAGCCGCUACUACCGCCGCCCAAGCUAUGACGGCGGAACCCCAAGUAAACGGGGAUGUCACCGGCGGGGAUUCGAGCGUCGCUUCGACGCCACCGUCGCAAACGAUAAAGGCAGUGGGACCAGCGCCUGUCACCCAAGCAAGUCCCUGGCUAGACGACGAGCCGGUGGUGAAGAGCCCACCGGAGCCAACGAGAGUAAAGUCUCCGGAGCAGAUGAUCAUGCGCUCGCCGGAACCCGUAAAUUGGACCGUGCCCCUCGACACCGGCAAGACUUUCACCGUGACGCAAAAUGUCCGGGAAGAACCUCUGACGCGUCCACAUAGUGAGGCGAAGACGUGGGCACCGUCCUCAGUACCAUCGGCGCCGCAAUCAGCACCACCGGAGCUUGCGGCUCAACACAAAUCACAGCAUUCCCAGCACUCCGGUUACAAAUCACCCGAGAGCGAAAGCGUCUCGCUCGGUAGUUUUAGCGGCAUAAACGGCCACAAGGACUUGGACUCGGAGAGGGACAGUCCAUUGCCCACGAACGCGCAGGACACACCUACGAAGGAUGAGAAGGAGAUCGCCGAUGUUGUCGAGGAGAAAGAGCGACAAAGCCCGGAAUCGUCGAUAAAAUCAGUGACAGGCACAAACCUGAGACGUCUGGAAGAUCCGACGUUCGAGAUGGAAAGUAAAAGGGAAGGUGGUAUACCGGUGGCGAUCACGACAGCGCCGGUGACGACGACAUCGUCGACGUCGCCCGCACUACAGAGUUACCGCGUUCUCGAAGCUGAAUCACCAGCUCAAGGUACUACUGGCGGUAGCAGUAGCAGCACUGCGGGUACAGGAAGUAGCACCGGAGGUAGCACUGCGGGUGGUUAUCACGUUCUGGAAGCACCAACAGUGGUACCAGGCUCAGCACAACGUUCAGCAGCGACUGAUGUCUUAGAGAAGGCGCGAAACCGCUUCGACAAGUUCUGGGGAAAGGGCAACAACGGCGCGGAGAAUUAAAGCAGUGAUCUUCGAAACGACAAGAGAAGAAAAAGACGCUUUGACGAAGAACUACGAACAGUAGAGUAGGGCAGGACAGCCCUUCUGGGAAGAAGGUUAUCGUCCCACUCUGCUAUGUCCUAUCGUCGAUUGGUCUGUCCAUGUGCUUUCAUAGCUUUUAGCUGCUCAGAAAAAUAUAUGUUAUACACAUGAGAGCGAAAAGGGGAAAAAGAAGUGAGAUGAUAUCCUCGUGAAGGAAUUUUCUCAACUAAACGCCGCUUUGAUAAUUCAAGAUCUUCGGGAAUAAAAUCCUUUUUUUUUUUUACAUUAAAAUAUAUUUUGGAAAUAUUCAAGACUUUUGAGGAUUGGAAGAAUCACGUUAUCAUAUAUACCGAUUUUAAAUCGGAAUUAUCUGAAAAAAAGAAACAAUCGUCAAUAGAACUUUAUAGAAAGAUAGAAAGAACAACGGAUAACUGGUGAGACUAAUCGAUAUUGUUCCUGAAGGUUAAAAUUGCGGUCUAUAAUCAAUUUAUUCGUUUAUUAAGGACUACUAUGUAACAAGCAUACGGUCAAAACGAUCAAAAUAACGCUACACAUUUCAGAUUAAGCAAGAUCAGAUUCUAAGGCUUUCAUGCAGACACACUCGAAAAGGCACAGAAGCUCAAAUUAAAUUACUGAUCAUUAAUAAUAAAAAGCUUCUUUCUCCUUCAAAAGACAGACUGUAGGACAGCGUCGUGAAUUUGCGGUCGUCGCAUCAUUAGUAAAAAAAAA